CUGUUAAAAAACGAAGGAAGAAACCCUAAAGCCCUCGACUAUAAGUAGCAUACUUCUCCUUCUUCGCCUCACCGUUAGUCUUUCCGAUAAUCUUCCUCUCCUAGGUUCCUCUCCUUUAAGUAGUUUCGCAGAGAUGAGACCCCCUCAGAGAGGCCGCGGUGGUGGUGGUGGGUUCAGGGGCAGAGGUGGUGGUGGUGUUGGUAGAGGUAGAGGAGGAGGUGGAAGAGGUGGCGACAGAGGGAGUGCCAUGAAAGGCCGGGGUGGUGGCCGUGGAGGUCGCGAUGGAGGAAGAGGUCGAGGCGGAGGACGUGGAGGAGGAAUGAGGGGCGGAAACAAGGUCGUCAUUGAGCCCCAUAGACAUGAAGGAGUUUUCAUUGCUAAGGGGAAAGAAGAUGCUCUUGUUACCAAAAAUAUGGUUCCUGGUGAAGCUGUCUACAAUGAGAAGAGGAUCUCCGUUCAGAAUGAAGAUGGGACUAAAGUUGAAUACAGAGUCUGGAAUCCUUUCCGCUCUAAGUUGGCUGCUGCCAUUGUUGGGGGUGUUGAUAACAUAUGGAUUAAACCUGGUGCCAAAGUGCUUUACCUUGGAGCUGCUUCUGGUACUACUGUCUCCCAUGUGUCUGAUGUUGUUGGCCCGACUGGAGUGGUUUAUGCAGUCGAAUUUUCUCAUAGAAGUGGUAGGGACUUGGUCAACAUGGCUAAAAAGAGAACCAAUGUUAUUCCUAUCAUUGAGGAUGCUAGACACCCUUCCAAGUACCGAAUGCUUGUUGGAAUGGUAGAUGUGAUAUUUUCUGAUGUUGCUCAGCCUGAUCAGGCAAGAAUUUUGGCACUUAAUGCAUCUUAUUUUCUGAAAACUGGAGGGCAUUUUGUGAUCUCAAUUAAGGCAAACUGUAUAGAUUCAACAGUUCCUGCGGAGGCUGUGUUCCAGAACGAAGUUAAGAAGCUGCAACAGGAACAGUUCAAGCCCGCAGAACAAGUCACCCUUGAACCAUUUGAGCGAGACCAUGCUUGUGUUGUCGGUGGCUACCGGAUGCCGAAGAAACAGAAGGCUGCUGCUUAGGUUUUGUAUGUAUUUGGGUAGUUGUUAUCUUGAGAUGUAUGAUUAGUCGGACCCAUUUAGGAUUAAUCAAUCUUGAUUUUGUCUGUGUAACUUUUCUUUUCAAGAAUACUGGCAGAAUUUAUGAACUUGGAAUGUGUGUGUUGCAAUUAUUGUCUACAACAGAGAGUUUCACCAUA